UGAUGCAUUGAAAAAGAACUUUUCUUUUUUGCCCAACUGGUUUUUUGGACUCUGGCAGUGGGAGUGCCGUCCUGCCUGAAUAUCUCCCUCUCUCUCUCUGUCAGUGUGUCUUUAUCUCUCUCACCCUCUCACUGUCAGCCUCUCCUCUCUUUCCUCAGAGCAGCAGAAGUUUCAUUGCUGUUGAGUCAGACAGACGACAAAAUGUUUCUGGCGAAGAAUUUAAUCGGUGGCAUCAUCAAAGUUGUGAGCAACAUCGACCCCAGCGACUUUAUGCCCUCAGACCCUCCUCCUCCUCGCAGACCUCUACACUUCGCCGAGGCUCAUGAGAACGAUGAGGAGAAACAGUUUCGGAGAGUUUUCCAGCAGCUGGCCGGAGACGACAUGGAGGUGAGCCCCAACGAGCUGAUGAACAUCCUCAACAAAGUCGUUUCCAAACACGGAGGCCUGAGUACUGACGGCUUCAGCAUCGAGUCCUGCAGGAGCAUGGUCGCUGUCAUGGACAGUGACAGCACAGGGAAACUGGGAUUCCAUGAGUUCAAAUACCUGUGGAACAACAUCAAGAGAUGGCAGGGCAUUUAUUUAUCCCACGACGCCGACCGUUCAGGUGUGAUCAGCGCUGACGAGCUGCCGAGAGCCUUCAAGGCUGCAGGUUUCCCUCUGAAUGAUCAGCUGUACAAGCUGAUUAUCCGUCGCUAUAGCGACGAGCACGGCAACAUGGACUUUGACAAUUUCAUCGGCUGCCUGGUUCGACUGGACGCCAUGUGCAGAGCCUUCAAGACCCUGGAUAAGGACAACAGUGGCACCAUCGACCUGGACAUCAAGGAGUGGCUUCAGCUGACGAUGUAUUCAUGAGGCGACGGACGGAAGCUGCUCCUCAACACCGACGUCUCUUCUUCCAUUUCCUCCCUCACUUCCUCUCAGUCCACGCGUUACAUCUGUGUGUGCCGCUGUUUGAAACCCCCUCCGUCUCCAUGGUAACGGGACCAAAAUGCCAGCAUAGAGCUAAAGUCAAAUCCGGACCAAAGUGGAGCCGAUGCCGCUGUUGUUGCACUGUCCUGCUGCUGCCAGACGGCGGCGCUACAACGCCCCCAUGUUCCAGAUUCCAUGUUUUCAAAAUGGAAAAGUUGCUGAUUCCUGUUUGUCUGAACUGACUCUGAAUGUUAAAUAGAAUAAAGACACAUCUGACACCGA